GUUUGCAGUCGAUAUUGAAUUUCCAAGACGAGCGCAGGUGUAUGAUUCAGUAUAACUUCGAGACGUAUAUAAUUCUAAAAUAAGGAAUCAAGUGUUGAAUUAAUUUGUGGCUGAAAUUAAAAGUUCACGAUAUUUCUACCCUAUUUGUCGUCCCCUUGCAGAAAAACAAUGUCAACGAAAGCUGAUGAGUGAUAUAUCAAAAUGUGACGGCCUAUAAUGUUAUCUACCGUUUCUUUCACUCAAGUACAUGAUUUUUACAGUUAAAAUUGGAUAUCGAAGAGUUUAAUAAUCUAAUUGGCCAUGCAAACCGUCAAAGGAGCAAGGAUGUUCUGAGUCUUGAAAUUCGGAGACUGCAAACGGAAUUGACAAAGCUAAUGGAGGAAACCAAAACGCCUAAGCCAAAACUGUCUAACGCAGUAUCCAACUCUGCUCAAAAGUGUUAUGAAGUUAAACUGAAUAACUAUGGUUGGGAUCAAACAGGCACAACAGUGAAAUUAUAUGUUACAUUGAAAGAUGUGCAUCAAUUACCGAAAGAAGCUGUGACCUGUAACUUUACUGAAAAAUCUCUUGACCUCCAUGUGUUUGGAUUAAAUAACAAGAAUUACAGUUUAACAAUUAACAAUUUAUGCGAGGACAUAGAUGCAGAUAACAGUAAUUUUAAAGUUAAAACUGACAUGGUGAUUAUAUCUCUUGCCAAGAAAGUUGCAAAGCAUUGGUCAGAUGUGACGGGAGUAGAGAAAAGAAUCAAGGAAUCAAAAACAUCUUCUGUACCAGAAAUGGAUGACAACAGUGAUCCAGGUGCGAGUUUGAUAAAUCUAAUGAAGAAGAUGUACCAGGAAGGAGACGAUGAAGUUAAAAAGUUAAUGGCUAAAGCAUGGACUGAGAGCCAAGAAAAAAAAGCAGCUGGACUGUCAGACUCUUAAUAUUUUUAUUUUUAUACAUACUUAAGUUUAUUUGAUAGGUUGCCAAUGUACAAAAUAAACUUAGAUGUAAAAGUACUAGACACAUGUUUUAUAUAAAAUUAUAUAUUAUAGA